CCUCCACCCGUACUCCUCUCUCUCUUUCUGUCUCUCCUCCUCUGCGCCCGCCCAUCCCUUUCACUAUCUCAAUCAAAAAAUUACUGUUAAUCAAUCACAUUCGAAAACAUAAAAAGUUCCUUUUUUUUUAAUGCUUCUUCUAAUCAAGCAGUCAAAAAUUCACUCACAAAAGCUGAUUCAGGUAUCAUAAAAACUCAGAGUGAGAUCAGAUCGGUGCUUAGAAACAAACGUCCAGAACCAGAUCUGUGCCACUGCUGAGCCCUCUGCCAUUUUCAAUAUGAUUUCGUCUUCAGUGCAUUGAAUUCAAGGACGUAUCACAUAUCCGAUCUGAUUUCGAGUUUCGUGUCACCAAUUCCGAGACGAUAAGAGCCUUUCCUUAGGUCUUGUUUCUUUCCUCUGAUCACAUAAUUUUUCCACAGUUUUGGCAUUUCUUCGCUGAGGGGUCGUAGACGGAGCAAUCUGGGAUUUGUCUACAUCCAAGUAUAUGGAGUUGUAUCGUUUCAUUUCCCUGAAAUUCGUGAACUUUUGUCUGCCUCUUUGGUAGAAAAUAGACAAAAAAGGCCAGUUUUUUUUAUCCCAUUUUGGUGAUAGAACCUCCUUUCUUCCCUAGGGUUUUCUUUAUUUUUAUAUUCGCAAGAACUGAGGGAAAAAUUAUUUACUUUGGAAGGAAAUUGAAUAUUGGGGCUCCUUUUUAAUUGCUAGCUUGCAAAAUAGCAAAUUAGAAUGGCACAGUGAGCUUGAAUUUGUUGGCCGCCCAUUGGGUAUUUUUGACUGGAGAAGAAAAAUGGAUCUAGAUGGGCUGAAAUGCCGUCUCUAACAAAGGGAAAUUCCAGUUUUCGUGUUGAACUUGAAAACAAAAAGAUACUCCGGGCGGUCUAUUGGUGUUUGUAGUAGUUUUUAAAGUUGUUGUGGAUUUUACUUGUGGUAUUCUCCAAUGUUUUUCCAUUGGAGAAUUUCAUAUGACUUCCGGCAGACCCUUGUUGUCACCGUUUGAGCCAUCGUCUUUGCCGACUCCUCAUUCUCGUCCUCAUCCUCAUCCUCAUCAUCGCCAUCAUUCAUCUUUGAGGAUAUCUUCAUUAGGUUGUAUAUGUUGUAAUGCAUCAGUUUCGUCUUCCGUUGUUGAUGAGACACAAAGAAACAACAAUUUAUUCGACCUGAAGGAAGAGGAAGAGGAUAUUGUCCCUGUUGGCGAUAAAGGUCUUCCUGAGCUUUUUGUUGAGCUAUCUACUUCGCUUGGGAAGAAGUCCAAGAAGGUCAAUUCGGCUGACUCACAGUUCUAUAGGCAGUUUCCAGUGGAAUGUUCCCCACAGGAGAGGAAACGCCUGGUAUCUUGGGGUGGUGCAAUGGAUCAACACCACAAUCUCACUACCCUAGAGAUUUCUAAGGACUCAUCUCGGCCGACCUCGUCUCGGGUGGCUUCCUCUCGGAUACAGGAUAAGUUAAACAAAUCUCAGAGGAUUCUACAAAAAAGUAUGCGGUUAGAUGAUAAAUUAUCACAUGAAGAUAAUCCUAGGUUGAUCCAUAUUAAUGAUCCAAAUAGGACUAAUGAUAAGUUUCAGUUCACCGGAAAUGAGAUCAGAACUAGCAAGUACACACUCAUUAAUUUCUUGCCCAAAAAUCUCUUCAUUCAGUGCCGACGGUUUGCUUAUCUGUAUUUUGGAGUGAUUGUUAUUCUCAACCAGCUUCCGCCGCUUGCUGUCUUUGGGAGAUUAGCAUCUGCUUUUCCUCUUCUUUUCGUGCUUCUUGUGACGGCUGUAAAAGAUGGUUAUGAGGAUUGGCGAAGACACAGAUCAGACAGAAAUGAGAAUAAUCGGGAAGCCCUAGUGCUUCAAUCUGGCAAGUUUGAAUUGAAGAAAUGGAAAAAUAUGUGUGCUGGCGAGGUUGUAAAGAUCCAUGCUGAUGAGACAAUCCCGUGUGACAUGGUGCUGUUAGGGACAAGUGAUCCUAGCGGAAUUGCUUACAUACAGACCAUGAAUUUGGAUGGUGAGUCAAACUUGAAGACAAGAUAUGCUAGGCAAGAAACGAUCUCAAUGGUACUUGAAGGAGGAAUGAUUUCAGGGGUAAUCAGAUGUGAACAGCCUAAUAGGAACAUAUAUGAGUUCACAGCCUACAUGGAGUUGAAAGGGCAGAGGUUCUCACUUAGCCAAUCGAACAUCAUCUUGCGUGGUUGUCAGCUGAAGAACACCGAGUGGGCAGUUGGUGUUGUGGUUUAUGCGGGACAGGAGACAAAAGCAAUGCUGAACAGCGCCGUGUCCCCAUCCAAAAGAAGCAGACUUGAAAGCCAAAUGAAUAGGGAAACUCUUUGGUUGUCAGUUUUCCUGCUAAGCAUGUGCUUGGUAGUGGCAUUUGGGAUGGGUUUAUGGCUAAAGCGCCAUGAGGACGAGCUUGAAACAUUGCCUUAUUACAGGAAAAGCGAUUUUGGAAAUGGAAAGUUUCCUGGGAAACCAUACAAAUAUUAUGGGAUUGCAAUGGAGACCCUUUUCUCCUUCUUGAGUUCUAUCAUAGUGUUUCAAAUAAUGAUUCCAAUAUCUCUGUACAUCACGAUGGAGUUGGUUCGGUUGGGGCAAUCAUACUUCAUGAUUGGAGAUAAGCAUAUGUAUGACAGUAGCAAUAAUUCAAGGUUCCAGUGCAGAUCCUUGAAUAUAAAUGAGGAUUUGGGUCAGAUACGCUAUGUAUUUACAGAUAAGACCGGAACGCUUACUGAAAACAAAAUGGAAUUCCGAAGAGCUAGUGUGUAUGGGGAUAAUUAUGGCACCUCCCUCGUUAUGGCUGGCAUGUUGCAGGGUACAGACAUUUCAGUGGUAAAGACAGCAGCUUCUGUAGGUAGAAGGAAAUGGCAUCUUAAAUCUGCAAUUGCUGUUGAUUCUGAACUCAUGGAGUUGUUGCAUAAAGAUUUAGCUGGAGAAAACAGAAUUGCUGCGCAUGAGUUUUUUCUCACAUUGGCAGCAUGUAACACUGUGAUUCCUAUUCUUAAUCAAAGCUCAUCUUCAAUGUGCAUUGGGGGUGAACUACCUGACAAUGUUGAAGGUAUUGACUAUCAGGGAGAAUCGCCUGAUGAACAAGCACUGGUUGCGGCUGCCUCUGCUUAUGGUUAUACCCUAUUUGAGAGGACAUCUGGGUAUAUUGUGAUUGAUGUCAAUGGUGAGAAACUAAGGUUAGAUGUUUUGGGUCUGCACGAGUUUGAUAGUGUGCGCAAAAGAAUGUCUGUUGUUGUUAGAUUUCCCAACAACAAUGUGAAGGUGUUGGUGAAAGGUGCUGACACUUCGAUGUUCAGCAUCUUAAAGAAAGACCAUGCAGGAAAUGAUCAUAUAAGGCAGGCAACUCAGAGCCAUCUGAAUGAAUAUUCGUCUGAAGGUUUACGUACACUUGUAGUUGCUGGCAGGGAUCUUUCUGGAGAAGAACUUGAGGAGUGGCAAUGCAUGUAUGAAGAUGCAAGCACUUCAUUGACUGACAGAUCUAUUAAAUUACGCCAAACGGCGGCUCUUAUUGAAUGUAACUUGCAUUUACUUGGGGCAACUGCAAUUGAGGACAAACUACAAGAGGGUGUACCAGAAGCCAUUGAGUCUCUUCGGCAAGCAGGAAUCAAGGUGUGGGUUUUAACGGGGGAUAAGCAGGAGACAGCAAUUUCAAUUGGUCUUUCUUCUAAACUCCUGACUGCAGAUAUGAGUCAGAUUGUCAUAAAUGGAAACUCAGAGAAUGAAUGCAGAAAACUCUUGUCUGAUGCCAAGGCCAAGUAUUGUGUGAAAUCUGCAAAUUGCCCAGAUCGGAAUAUAAAGUGCAAAAACAAUGAUGAAAAUGAUUAUCUUGGGGUUCCUGUUGACACAAAGUUGUCCAUCUUGCUACAGCAGCAUGCAGGGGAGGAAGAGGGAAGCGCGAGUGCACCAUUAGCACUAAUAAUUGAUGGGAAUAGUUUGGUUUACAUUUUGGAGAAAGAUCUGGAGUCUGAGCUGUUCGACCUUGCAACUUCGUGUAGGGCUGUGCUCUGUUGUCGUGUUGCACCCUUGCAAAAAGCUGGAAUUGUUGACUUAGUGAAGAGCCGCACUGAUGAUCUGACACUAGCUAUUGGCGAUGGGGCAAAUGAUGUUUCCAUGAUCCAAAUGGCCGAUGUUGGUGUUGGUAUAUGUGGUCAGGAGGGACGCCAAGCAGUGAUGGCAUCAGAUUUUGCCAUGGGGCAGUUUCGGUUUCUGAAAAGAUUACUUUUGGUGCAUGGACACUGGAAUUAUCAGCGUGUUGGUUAUCUGGUUCUUUACAACUUCUACCGCAAUGCUGUGUUUGUAUUGAUGCUUUUCUGGUAUAUAUUGUGCACAGCUUUUUCAACAACUUCUGCGUUAACAGAUUGGAGUAGUGUACUUUAUUCUGUCGUUUAUACUUCGCUACCUACUAUUGUUAUUGGUAUUUUGGACAAGGACUUAAGUCAUAAAACGCUUCUCCAACAUCCAAAACUCUAUGGGGUGGGCCAUAGGCAGGAGAGUUACAACAUGCACCUCUUCUGGAUCAUGAUGUUUGACACAUUAUGGCAGAGCCUUGUUCUCUUUUACAUUCCUUUGUUCACCUAUAAGGAGAGCACAAUUGACAUAUGGAGCAUGGGUAGCUUGUGGACAAUAGCAGUCGUUGUCCUAGUCAAUAUGCACCUGGCAAUGGACAUUCAGCGUUGGGUAUUAUACACUCAUAUUGCAAUAUGGGGAUCAAUAGUCAUUACAUUUGCCUGUGUGGUGGUAUUGGAUUCCAUACCCAUGUUUCCGAAUUAUGGGACCAUAUAUCAUCUGGCAAAAUCUCCUACCUAUUGGCUCUCCAUUUUGCUUAUAACGGUCUUAGCACUUCUGCCUCGGUUUUUUUUUAAAGUUAUGCAUCAAACCUUUUGGCCUUCAGAUAUCCAAAUAGCUAGAGAGGCUGAGAUAAUGAGAAAACGACCAAGUUGCUUUGAGGCGAAGCUAGAUCAGGGUUCCAGUUAACAUUUAUACUAUUUGUCUUGCCGACUCCCCCAAGCCCCUGGUGGAUUUUUCAGAUGAGUUAACACAAGCUAAGUGGCAGUAUGACGGGAGACAAAAUUGAAUUAAUGACAAAAGGGGAAGAGAGCAGGAACUCAAGCCCAGGGGAGGAGAUUAUAUGGAGAUCUGUAGCAGCAAGAUAGAUUGAUCGGGGAGGAUGAAAGAGCACAGGGCAAAGCCUCUCCAAAGGGUGCUUGAGUUUUUUUGGUCAAUCUUGAAUGGGAUUGUAGUUAGCACAGGCGAAUUGGCAGGCUAACAGUCAGGAUUUCCUUGUCACGGCCAUCACAGGAUCUUACCAAGAAAAUGGUAAUGCCAGCAGUGAUGAGAAGGGAGAAAAUAAAAAGAAAAUAACUGACGUAUAUAAUAGUUUCAUGUAAAGAUCAGGUGUUCAUUCUUACCCUUGUAACAAAAUGAAAGGAAAAAUGUUUAGAACAUCACGGUUAUUUCUUCAGUUAGGGUGGGCCAUUUGUGGUGUGUUCCAGCUGAGAGAGAGAGAGAGAGAGAGAGAGAG